AAACAUAUUUUCAUAUAUACUAGGUAUUUGGGGUUAUAUUCAAAUGGCAUAUGUACCGCCGGAGCUUUGCAAGAAAAUGGAAGAAUAUUUCAAAGACGCAUUUAAUAUGUGUGGCUGGAAAUUAUUCUCAAGUGUAUUUUUUGGAGAACCAGUGUAUGACGAUGACUACACUAUCUCAUCACUCGAACUCCAACGACAGCAUUUUGUGAAGGGGAUCGAGCAAUUGCUGCAGGAAUUUCAACAACAUUUGGUGGGGAAAAGAAAAGCAAGCAACACAGAUCAGUUGUCUGAGUGGUAUGAUGCAUUGUGGGAUUGUUUGGCCAAAGUCACUGACGCCGAGGGGAAACUUUUGGCAUUUGACUGCGAGCCGUAUGAGGAAUUGAGGUUGGUAGUGGGUAGUGUUAAGUUGUGGCUGUAGCCAAGACGACUGGAGAGGAAAGAGAGUAUGGCGGUAGCAGGGUCGAAAUUGAACAAGGAUCUUCUCAAUUUGUGCCCCCCUCAUAUACGUUGGAGCUCCACUUUGUGAAUCCCUGCACACUCUGUUGGAGCCACCCCUCAACCCCAAAACUGCUCCUUCUUUAGCUUGAGUGCCCCCCUCCCAUCUUGAAACCCGCCUUCUUCAGUUAUGGCCCCACUCUCAAAUUGUUGCCUUCCACUUAAUAUCUUUCAUUGUCCCCCUGUCAGUCAGGUUAUAACUCUCUUCUCUUAAGGUGCCCUCUAGCUACCCACCCUAGGAAUACUCCCCUCUUAAAUCAUCACUCUUUCCCUUGGGGAGCUCUCAAGUCCCCCCGCUCCCCACCCCUUAAACUCCCUCCCAAGUUGAUGCACCCUUUCUCAGUUUAGGGAGCACGUCACUGUCUCAAGUUACUCCUCUCCAUACAUUAGUUACCCCACUCCCCAAGGUGCUGCUCCCUCUCACAUACUCCCCUCCACCCCACGUUUAAGCUUGGAUAGUUAGCUGUACCUAAAUUUUUGUCCUUAAUUCCAAACAGCUGAAAUAACAUAAUAUUAAUAUUUUAUUUUGCAGAGAUAUAGCUCAGCGCGAACGUUCUGAGUGUGCCUCAAUGUUCAACCAACAGUCGAUGACCGCCUCAACAUUCCAGGAUAAUGCUCAGAAUUUUAGCCAAUGGGAAGACCAGUAUAUUGAAUCAGUGAAGAAGAUAAAUGAAUUUCGAAUCGCGCAUUUUAAAAUAUCGCUACCGCGGUUGCAACAAAUGUUCCAGCUACUGCGAGAUGAUUCUGAAAAAUUUACAAAUGACAAUAAAAAUAGGACUGGUUAGUUGAAAAAAUGUUUAGUGAGAUUUUUAUCAUCAAUAAUUCAUGAGAUUUUUAUCAUCAAUAAAAGGGAAUCAGUACCGUGUCAUUGUCUUCAUGCCCUAGGGAUAAGUUAUGUCAACUUUUACUUUGAAUUUCUCUUUGCAUACCUCAAUAUAUGUUACUGUAAUAAAUAUGGUAUGAUAUAGUGUAUGGCAUAUGAUGUUAUGAUAUGGUAUGGCUUCUGUGUAGUAUUCUGUGCCAGUACCUUCUUCAUGAUUCGUCACUCCAUUCUGUGGUCACUCGGCAAGUACCCUAAACAGAAGUAGUCACCCCCUGGAAAUAUCCAUGACUUUCUCCCACAUAGCACCAUUUUGGAUAUUUCCAGGGGGUGACUACGGUACUUCUUUUUAGGGUACCUGCCGAGUGACGAAUCAUGACGAAUAGCGCUUAUGCAAAAAACAAUGGAGAUGGCCUUCUGUGUAGUAGUAUUCUGUGGUACUGGUAUGGUAUAGUAAGGUAUGGUAUGGUAUGGUAUGGUAAUCUGGUAAUUCAUGGUAUUUUUCUAUUUCCUAUUCACAGUUGCGACAAAACUAUAUCAACUCGAGAAAAAAUCUUUUCAAAACGAGAUAGAAAUGUUGAACUGUACGAACCAACUAAAAAUACUGGAACGAGACAAGAUACGACGUGACGCCCUGGCUCUGGAUGAAGACCUCACCAUGCCUCAGAGACUGAACGAGAAAGAAGUCCAAGUUUACGAGAAACAAUGCGAGAUCCUUGCCACAAGCUUUGAUAUUCAGGACAAAAACGAAAAGCUGGUUCGCCUUGAUUUACAAAAGAUGGCAAGCGAAGUGACAGGCGAAGAAUUGGAAAGAUUAAAAGGGAAUUUAAAUAAAAGUUUGACUACGAUUUCAAGGAAAAAAGCCAUUUUACGAAACAAAACGGUAAAGUUUUAGAAUAUCAUAGACAUAGUAUUAUUCAACUGUUCAAUCGUCAUUUGUAUAUGCAGAAAGUGUGAAUAUAGAUUAAAUAAAGGUUCGUUAACUUGUGAUAUAUAUUUUAGAAAAUAUGUGAAGGAGAAAUAAAAAAACUUACAAGACAGGGCAAAGAAAAACAAGAACAAUAUGUCACGCACCACGCGGUGCAAAUGGUAAAUGUAACAAUAUUUUUUUCUAAACAAAUUUUGUCCGAAAAUAGCGUUCCAAAAAGGUAUGGAUAGGUGUUUUGUGACGUCCUACGUAAAACCAUGGAUAAUAAAAUAAAUUAUAUUAUAUUAUUAUUAUAUUUAUUUUAUUAUCCAUGGUAAAACUACGCGCUACAUUAUCAAGUACAAUGACAAUGACCAAUGUAAACGUAGCCUCAAUUUAUAUGUUUGUUGUCGUGGAGUCGAACUGAUAAAACUCGGUUGACCCAGGUUGAUUUUUAUUCUCGCUGUAGAAACUUGAAAAGCGCCGUGAACAGGACGAGAAGAAAAAGGAAGUAAGACUGGAAGAACGACAGAAAGCGUUGUUGAGACUCAAAGAAUACAAGAAGGUUAGGCGAGGAAAUCUUCUCAUUAAAAUUUCGCCGUAUAAAGCGGCAUGAAAAAUGGUGGAAAACGUCUGCUGUCAGGAAAUUUUUAAUAAAAUAUCUUCGCAGGAAAUUGUUUUACAUCCAGCAGGAAAUUUUUGUAUUGAAAUGCCAUACAAUUUGCUUGUUGAUUUAAAAUUCCAAAUGUAUUUUUGAAAUCAAAUUGUCACGUGUGGAGAUUGAUUGAAGUAGUAUAGCACUCUAUCUGAAACCUAGCUGCGCAGAAAGUCUAGCCUGCGAGCAGGCUACCCAGAGAGCCUGCUCGCAGGCUACAGAAAGUCUCACAUUUGGUAUACACAAAAAAAUUUUAUUUUUGAACUUUGCUGUCAGGAAGAAAAAUGUUUUUCAAAAAAUACAACUAAAACAGAAUUAUGCCACUUUCUCAUAGAAAAACCCAAAAGCCAAAGACGUGAAACCGCCUCGUUACCAAGCCCCCUCCGUGCGCAAACAGGAAGAGAAAAUGAAAAAUACCCCCAACCUGGAUACAAAUGCGAGUGCUCGACCUACCACAGCCACCAGUACUCCCCUUGCUAAACCUGUUCUAAGAAAAGACGAAUCCCCAAAAGAAAACGGAUCUAUUGGUAGCAACAACACAUCUUCACCUCCGGGGGCAGUUUACGCUCCUCCCCAACCUCCCGGUACUAUCUGUCCCCCACCUCCUCCCCCACCUCCUGGGGCAGUUUGUCCGCCACCACCUCCCCCACCCCCUCCUCCCCCAGGAAUACUACCUCCCCCGAGUUUCUCGGCAGUGGCGAUCACGGGUCAGAGGAGAAACAAGUCUCCGGCGGGUCAAGCAAGUUCUCUGUCUCAACAGACCUUGGAUUUGGAUGCUUUGAAAAUUGCCCGAUGUCGCUUGAAAAAACAAGGUGUGUCUUGUGGUAUUUAUACCGUAAACAUCCGAAUACAAGCCUCCCUAGUAUACGAUGCCCAAAAUCCUGACCAAUCCCCACAUUCUCAUCGAACUUAUUUUUUCUUCAGAUAACACAACUCCUGCAGUGAACAACAAUCAGAAAGGAUUUCCGUCAGGCAACGAGUUGACUCGCGCCAUCCAGAAUGUCAAACUACGUAGAGUUGUGAGUCAAGAGAAACCAGCGGAGCUAUCACCUGACGGCGCGGAGUUCCUCAAGAAGGCGCUGGAACGAAUGAAUAAAUUUACCAACCUGUCUUUUGACGACGACCAAGGGGAUGAAGAUGAGCAGGAGUGGUAAAGAUGUGACUAUAGGAGACAAUAAGGGUUUUAAUGUAUUUAAUUGUCACUAAUACUAUAUAUUGGAGAUUGUAUAGAAUUGUCAGAUAAGGAUAACCAGAGCAAGAAGUGUAAAAUAUAGGAUCACAUGACUACCAUAUAAUCAUGUUCCCCAUAUUUUAAAUAACAGUGAAUUUUGGCAACUGACAACGAUAACAGCUGAAAACAGAAUCACUCACUAACAAUAUUUAACAGGAAUGAUACCCAUUUUGCACUAACUCAAAACAACCAAAACCAUUAAACCGUCGUUGAUUGACGUUAAAUAGAUUUAUCUAUAUAUUAGAAUAUAAUUAAAAUUGUCUGAACAUGUUAUGUGCUUCCAAUAAAUAUUUAUCAUCAACUCAAAUUAUGCUUCAUUCACUUUAAGUGUUCUGGAGACUUAUUUGUACAAGUAUUCUCUGGUUCUCAUUUUCUACAGUACAUGAACAUACAAUUCCUUUCUUCUUCACACAACUGUUUGUCACCAUUUAACUUAUUUCUGCGAAUUUGUUUUGUAUUUAAAAUAAAUUUCAAAGAGAUCUUGCCAUGUCUUAGCCUGUUAUACAUGCACUUUCACUUGUCUUGUUGUGACAUUGUUUUGUUUUGCUUUAUUCUUGAAGUACCGCCACCUAUAUAUACCCGAGGCUCUGCAACAUCUUUGUUUUUCAUCAUAUCGUCUGUUCGCGUAAUGGUUCUCUUUUCAAAAGUUCAUCGAUAGAUUUACUUAAGCACUUUUUCAAUGUUCUCUGCUUCCAGAACGAACUUUUUCCAGAAAGGUCCAUUUCCACUCAAGAAAAAUUUCCACGGGCAGAAAAUUUUCCGAAAAUAUCAUUGUUAAAAGUUGAAAAUUUUCAACUUCAACAUUCUUUUCCGGCGACGGAAAAUUUGUGUCGGCCAAUCACAUUUUACAAAAUUUUCUUUCCGCGGAAAAUUUUCCUCAGUGGAAAUGGGCCUUCAAAGAUCAACUCUUUCCUUCGUCUCCUUUCCUUCCAACUCUUUCCUAAAUUGUUCUUAUUUCUUCAAUGUCCUCUAUUUUCCAGAACGAUAUAAAGAUCAAUUCUUUCCUUCGUCUCCUUUCCUUCCAACUCUUUACUAAAUUGUUCUUAUUUCUUCAAUGUUCUCUGUUUUCCAGAACGAUAUAAAGAUCAAUUCUUUCCUUCGUCACUGUUCAUGUAUUUUCUUGCUUGAUUCUUGGAGACCGUCUUCUCUCCAAAAUGACUAAACUGUUCUUAUUUCUUCAAUGUCCUCUGUUUCUCAGCAUGUUCUACAGUCUUAGUAUCAACAUACAGUCCUUUCCUUCUCCUAACACUGUUCAUGUAUUUCCUAGCUUGAUUUUCAGAGUCUGCUUUCUCUCCAAAAUGAAGAUAUUCUUCCUCGGUGGUUGGAACCCAGUAAGGAUCAAGAUCUAUUACCUGAAAAUGAUAUAACACGGACAUCAACAUGCUUAUUCCUAAAGCCUGGCGUUUGGAUACAAAAAUCUGCCCAGUAGAUCACAG